UGUGUGUUGCAGUUAAAUCGGUCCGUGUCCAUAUGUGGGUGAAAGGUCUGGCGGUUAGAUAGCUACUCAUUUCCAAUCAUUCCUCACGUACCUGUGGCCGAUCAGCGGAAAGUCAAAAUGUCAAAACAGCCGCAGCCGAUCAGCCCAAUGAAGAACUUCUUCGCUGGAGGUUUCGGUGGCGUCUGCCUCGUCUUUGCUGGUCAUCCACUCGACACCAUAAAAGUGCGUCUACAGACUCAGCCAAAGCCUAAACCAGGAGAGAGCCUCCAGUAUGCUGGGACCAUUGAUUGUUUCAAGAAGACCUUAGCUAAAGAGGGAGUAAAGGGGCUCUAUAAAGGCAUGGCAGCCCCAAUCAUUGGAGUCACGCCCAUGUUUGCCGUCUGUUUCUUUGGCUUUGGUUUGGGCAAGAAACUGCAGCAGAAAAGCCCCGAUGACAUCCUCACGUAUCCACAGCUCUUUGCUGCAGGCAUGUUAUCCGGUGUCUUCACCACAGCCAUCAUGACUCCAGGCGAGCGCAUCAAAUGUCUACUGCAGAUCCAGGCUUCAUCUGGAAAAGUGAAGUACAACGGGCCGAUGGAUUGUGUCAAGCAGCUCUACAGGGAGUCUGGCAUCAGAGGAAUCUACAAAGGCACCGCGCUGACUCUCAUGAGAGACGUUCCUGCGAGCGGUAUGUACUUCAUGUCAUACGAGUGGUUAAAGAAUCUCCUCACGCCGCCGGGAAAGAGUCAUAACGAACUCAGUAUUCCCAGCGUGCUUUUCGCAGGAGGGAUGGCAGGAAUAUUUAACUGGGCCGUGGCAAUUCCCCCCGAUGUGCUCAAGUCUCGAUUUCAAACAGCUCCUGAAGGAAAGUAUCCCAAUGGCUUCCGGGAUGUUCUACGCGAGCUGAUCCGAGAGGAGGGCAUAGGCUCCUUGUACAAAGGUUUCAACGCUGUCAUGCUUCGAGCUUUUCCCGCAAAUGCUGCUUGCUUCUUGGGAUUCGAACUGGCAAUGAAAUUCCUGAACUGGCUGGCACCAAACCUGUGAUGAAAGUGAUAGUGCAUUAUGACAUACACACACACACACUUGGACUAUAUGAUUUUAUGGACUAUGAUUUUAACAAAUUUCCAAUUCACUACUUGAUUUUGUCUGAAAACUUGGCAUUUGAAGCAUAUUGUAUUUCCUCAAAUAGUGGCCUCCACGCUAAUUGAUGUUAAAUAAUAUCUUGAUUUGUCAUCUACUUGAAACUAAAACGUUCUUUUCCUUUGUUAGAAGCACCUUUUUACCCCUUUUGGGGAAACAAGCAACUAUAAUUAACACAACAGCAACACCGGGCAAAGAACAUCAUUUCAUACUGAAGAUGAUAAUGCGCUAAACAUGCAUGUUGUCGUUUCUUGCCACCUCUGCUCUCACUCCACAAUGCCAUUUUACAGGGAAUUACUUUGGCUAGUCUGUAUACUUCCAGCUUGCCUGUUUUCUUCAGUUAAUCUUUUUUUUUUUUUUUUUAAUUAUCCAACAUCACUUGCCUUACAGUAAAUAUUGAAGUAUAUAUUCUUUUAAACAUUCGUUUUUCAAAUCAUAAUGAAGUAAUCAUGACUAUUUGUGUGAGCUUGCCCUGAUGCAUUUUAGAAUAACUUGUCUACUUGUCUGCAACUGGCAGAGGUUGAUUAAAAGCGGGCUCAACCAGUUUGCAGUGGAAAGAAGCAAUGAAUGAUGCCAACUAUGACAAGUUGAGCUAUGGCAAGCAGAAUUAACAUUUCAAAGCUAAAUUUGACAAUCCGGAAAUAACAUUGUAGAAUAUCUACAGUGACGUUCUGAGUCUAUGUAUAGUAACAUUUUUAAGUGCUAUCUGUAACUUAAGCAAAGCUAAAUUACAGGUAACUGCAAGACAUUCAGUCUGGCUGUUGAACAUUUAAAAAAACUUGCCAUACAUCCAUACUAUUAUAAUCAGAGGUGGGUAGUAACACGUUAAAUUUACUAAAGUAACAUUUUGAAAAAAAUUGACUUCUUAGAGUAGUUUCACCUAUCAAUACUUUUUACUUGGGUAGAUUUGUGAAGAAGAAACACUACUCUUACUCUGCUACCUUGAGCUACACUAGAGUUGUUACAUUUUUCCUCUUUACAUAUUGACUUUAUUCUUGACAUUUUAGCUGUUUUAGUUUCACCAAUGAGACUCGCAACAAUAACCACAUGACUCCAUUAUACCAAACAAAGGUAACAAUGUUUUUCUCCACUAGAGGGCACUCAUGCGCUUUGGACAGGUGAUGUUUCACUUUGUUUUUCUGGUCUGAAUUUGAUGAUUUUUGUGCCUUUUUGGGGCCUAAUAUGGCCAUGUAAUAGGUUAUAGUACAUAAUAAAAAUAACAGUUUAUAUAGAUGAAAGUUGCGAUGGGGAAAAAGCCUACCUUAUAAUACCUUUAAAAAAAAAAAAAAAAAAAAAAACUGACAUUGUAAGCAGUUA